GUUACCUCUCGGCGGCGAGAUUGAUGGAUAGGUCGGAGCAGUGACGGGAGCGAAUCUCGGAGAGGGUUCCGUCGCUCCAGGCGAUGGCAGAGCGGAGCAUGGAAUCGAUCCGCCUCUCGAACUCCAGAGACCACCACCGAGGGAACGCCCGCCCGGAAUCGAAACAGGCGUUGAGGUCGAAGGCGGAGUGGAGCCACGAGUCGGCGCGCUUGCAGAAAAAAAAUUAGGUUUUGCGUGUGUAGAGAAAAAAAUAGUUUUUUUAUUUUUUAAUGUAAUAAUGAGGUGGAAAAUAUA